AUGGGUAUUACACUUGAACAAUUAUUGAAGCUUAACGAUGAAGACGAAUUCAUAGCUGAAAAAGCUAGACAAUAUGAAGAAUUAGCAAGAGAAGAACAUAAGGCUAAGAAUCCAACUUCAACUGUUAUUAUACAAAAUUAUGAACAAUCUAAUCAAGAUCUUUGGCCAACUUUAGGUGGUGCUACUGCUGCUUCAAAUGAAGAUGCUUCAGAUAUUAAACAUUCUAAACCAACUUGGUGUAGACCAACCAAGCCAAAACAACAACAACAAGAAUCAAAGGAAUCAGAAGAAACCUCAAAAUCAUAG